UGCAGGGCCGAGCUGCAGCGGCUGCAGGAGUUGCUGCAGGAGUUGCUGCAGGAGGAACAGCGGCAGGACGCGGCCCGGACCCGCUUUGGCCAGGCGGAGGAGGCGUCCAGCCAAUGGAAUCUGCCUAGAGUCCAGAACCCGUCAUCAAAGAAACCAAAAUGAUUCUAAAUUCUAGUACCGAUGAGACUAUUAAAAGAAUCCAAGUUGAUUGCCCCUCGGCAGGAAGGCAUAAUUACAUAUUCAUCAUGGUCCCUACGAUCUAUAGUAUCAUCUUUGUGGUGGGUAUAUUCGGAAACAGCUUGGUGGUGAUUGUCAUUUACUUCUACAUGAAACUGAAGACUGUAGCCAGCAUCUUCCUGUUGAAUUUAGCCCUGGCCGACUUGUGUUUUCUCAUGACUCUGCCUCUGUGGGCAGCCUACACUGCCAUGCAGUACCGCUGGCCUUUUGGCAACUGCUUGUGUAAGAUUGCCUCGGCCGGGGUCAGCUUCAACCUCUACGCCAGUGUGUUUCUCCUUACAUGCCUCAGCAUCGACCGCUACCUGGCCAUAGUCCACCCGUUGAAGUCCCGUCUCCGGCGCACCAUGCUCGUGGCCAAAGUGACUUGCAUCGUCAUCUGGCUGCUCGCCGGCCUGGCCAGUUUGCCAGUGGUGAUUCACCGGAACGUGUACUUCAUCGAAAAUAACAACAUGACCGUCUGCGCUUUUCGCUAUGAAUCGCACAACACCACCCUUCCGGUGGGGCUGGGCUUAAGUAAGAAUAUGUUAGGCUUUUUGAUUCCCUUUCUGAUCAUCCUGACAAACUACACCCUCAUUUGGAAGGCGCUGAAGAAGGCAUACCAAAUUCAGAAAAACAAAACAAGGAAUGACGAUAUCUUCAAGAUCAUUGUGGCCAUUGUCCUUUUCUUUUUCUUUUCCUGGAUUCCACACCAAAUAUUCACCUUUCUGGAUGUACUGAUUCAGUUACACAUCAUAAACGAUUGUAAAAUCAUCGAUAUCGUGGACACAGCAAUGCCCAUCACCAUCUGCAUAGCGUAUUUCAACAACUGUCUGAAUCCCCUAUUCUAUGGCUUUCUGGGCAAGAAGUUUAAAAAAUAUUUUCUCCAGCUUCUGAAAUAUAUGCCUCCAAACGUCAGAUCUCAUUCAAGCCUAACAACAAAAAUGAGCUCCCUUUCUUAUCGCCCAUCAGAUAACUUAAACGGGUCUACUAAGAAGUCUUUUGGGGCCUUCGAUGCUGAAUGAUAUGCAGUAAGCAUGAUCCUGGAAUGAUAUUGUGAGGGCAGCUGUGGGAAGACUUCACGACCUACAGCACACAAGAGUUACUACCCCACAAAACAAUCUGAAAAUGACGUGAAUUUUCUUUUGGCAAGCUCCGAGCAAGAUAUUGCUAUUUUUGUUUCUUAAACAAACUGAACGACAGAGCUAACUUUUUCAUCACUUCCACAUCCUCAGAUUUGGGAUUCAAACUAGAGAAGGAAAGAGUUCAGCAACUGGACAAAUGUUGGUUGAACAUUUAAAACUUCUAGUGGCCUUCUGGCUGCAGAAGGGAUGGGGGAAUCAAGUCUCCCCCUUUAGCAAUCCUUUCUGCAGAAAAACCUUAGAACUGCCCUAGAGGAAACACAGAAAAACCAGAGCAUAAAAUGUAAAUUGCAGUUCUUUCAAAACCUUGUCAUUAAGCCUAAUUGUUGUUGCCUAACUACCAGAUUUCUAAAUCAGGUGCAUUGUUUAAGAAACAAUGAGGUCAGAUGAUCCACAGGCCCCAAGUCUUACCUGAGGGUAGUGUGGAUCUGUACAUAAUGUUGUGCAAGAUUCAGGAAUCUUCAGUGAAAUUCAUUUGGUGUGGACCUACCCUCAUGGCAAGUGCUGUGGAUUUUCACUGCCAAAGUGGCUUCAGUUUAACCUGGUUGGUUAGAUGAAAGUGGUUCAUGUUGUUAUUUUCUGUGGCUGUUUUCCUAAUGAUAUUUGUUAGCUUUUGUGUUUGUAAAGAAAAAUGAUGAAAUAUGUCUAAAUGUUCUCCAGUUCAAAUGUCAAGUCUCACAAUGCACAUUGUUGUUUGAAAACUCUCCACCCCUUGUUCAGUAUAUUUAACCAUUCACUCUUAAUUCAACCAUGGAAUAGGCUUAUUUUCCAUGAAAUAAAAUGUAAUUUAAUA